AAUAGUGAUUAUAAUUAUAUACCUCAGAAUAUGAUGAUAAUGAUUUUGUUUUGGUUGUUGAUGAACCUCGUCACUAAAGGUAGAUCUGAUAAUUUUGGUAUGCGAUAUCACUGCGUAAACACAACUACUUACACUCCUAACAGCACCUAUAGAGCCAACCUUGAUUCCCUUCUCUCUAAUCUUUAUUCCAAUGCCACCCGAGACGACAAUAAUGGUUUCUACCACACCACAGUCGCCGCCGGCGCUUCCAACGCCACCGUGCACGGCUUGUUCUUGUGCCGGGGCGACGUCUCCAAGGAAGACUGCGGCCGCUGCGUAGGAGACGCCCGUAAAACCAUAUUGGAGAAUUGCAGCGAUGCCAAGACGGCUAUUAUUUGGUACGAUUAUUGCAUUUUGCGAUACUCGGAGAACUCCAUGUUGGGGAUAAUAGAUGUGUCGACUUGGUUUACCGUGAAAAGCAAGGAUAAUGAUACUCGACCAAAUGGGUACAUGCAGUUGGUCGGAAACAUGUUGGAUCAGAUAAUCGCUCGAGCAGCCAGUGGUUCCGACAAGAAAUUUGCGGUGUUGUCGGAUAGUUUUAGGGUGUAUGGUCUUGGACAGUGUACCCCUGACCUUUCUAACGUUGAUUGUCAGAUAUGUUUCAGGAAUGUUAUUGAUAUGCUGCCUCGUUGCUGUUUUGGAGCCGUAGGUGCUAUAGCGGUUUUCCCAAGCUGUAACGUUAGGUAUGACCGCUACCCUUUCUACAAUCUCUCCGCCGUGGCAGCACCGCCACCGCCACCACUACCACCGACUAUGCUUUCGAAUUCCGCUAUUAGCAAAGGGAAUAGAAGAAAAGUGACUAUUGCAGCCUCUGUUGUGUCAAUCACUGGGAUAUUACUCUUCGUUUUAUGCUUCUGUUUCUUGAAAAUGAAAAGAACAAAGAAGGCAGCUACUGACAUGACUGACAUUCCAACCAAGGAGUCAGCACAAUAUGAUUUUAGUACAAUUCAAGCUAUCACAAAUUGCUUCUCCCCUGAUAACAAGAUUGGUGAAGGUGGAUACGGUGUUGUUUACAAGGGAAGGCUUCCAAGCGGGCAAGAUGUAGCGGUGAAGAGGCUGUCGAGGGGAUCAACACAGGGAGUUGAAGAAUUCAAAAAUGAGGUUGCAUUGGUUGCCAAACUUCAACAUAGAAAUUUAGUAAGGUUGCUGGGAUAUUGCUUGCACCGAGAAGAGAAGAUACUUAUUUAUGAAUUUGUUCCCAACAAAAGUCUUGAUUACUUUUUAUUUGAUUCAGAAAAGAAACAACUAUUGAAUUGGUCCAUCCGUUACAAGAUCAUAGGAGGAAUAGCCCGUGGACUCCUUUAUCUACAUCAAGAUUCACAUCUCAAAAUUAUACAUCGUGAUAUGAAAGCAAGCAACGUAUUAUUAGAUGAAAAUAUGAACUCAAAAAUAUCAGACUUUGGACUUGCAAGAAUUUUUAUGGUGGAUCAAACUCAUGGAAAUACAAGUAGAGUUAUUGGAACAUAUGGAUAUAUGUCUCCCGAAUAUGUUUUGCAUGGCUUGUUCUCUGUGAAGUCCGAUGUUUUCAGCUUUGGAGUGUUACUCCUGGAGAUUAUAACCGGAAGGAAAAACAGUUCUUUCUCCAUGGAUUCAACUGAAGGAGCUCAUCAAGAUCUUCUUAGCUACGCUUGGAAACAUUGGAUGGAGGACAGAGCAUUAGAGAUGGUGGAUCAAAGUCUUGGGGGAUUGUAUUCGAGGAAUGAAGUGAUCCAAUGUAUCCAUGUUGGGUUGUUGUGUGUCCAAGAAGAUGUGGAUGAAAGGCCAACAAUGGCGAAUGUUAUGUUGAUGCUGAAUAGUAAUUCCUCAAAUAGGAGGAUACCUAAUCCACCUGCAUUUUUCAACGGUAGAAAUAAUAUGAUGAUUUCUGCAGGACAAGAGGUGGAUCAGUCCAGAAAAAAGUCACUCCCAUUGUCUGUGAAUGAAGCUUCCAUUUCAGAGCUGUAUCCAAGAUAAUAUAAUUA